AGAUUCUGUCCUUUUUUUUAAUACCUAGCUACAUCGAGCUUUGAUAAGAAGUACGAUAUAUAGUUCGAGAAGGUCGAGGUGGCAUUCGAUACGUCAAAUGAAAUAGGGCUCAUGCUGCUAAGAAAACCCAGCUAUCUAUCCUACGUACUAUGUGCCAGCUAUGAUUUAUCUCCGAAAGUAACAUGUACGGUCGUUUCAGAACACCCGAGCGAGUAAUUAGGCGAAUGGUGAUGUCAAGAUGCCAAACAGAGCUGGGAAGAUAUAUACUAGGUGUCUGUCCACCUAGGUAAUUCCUCUUUAAACAACAACAUGGCAAGCGGCCAUCUACUUUUCAUGAUCAAUCGUAUUAGAGACCUAACGCUUACUUCGUUACCAAACGUCAAUAACAUUGAAACAUGUCAACUACGAUUGGCCUCUCGACACCGGUGCUUGCACCUCUCUUACCUAUAAGUGGUACCUUUGCUCUACCAUUUUCCGCAUACUUCACUCUUCUGAGCUACCGCGUUGUUCAUCAUCGCCUCGCAGACAAGCAGUAUCUUGGUGAUAAUUCAUCCAAGGACGGUGAUCCGAAUAACAAGCUUUACUUGGCGACUCGUUGCCACCAAAACUUCAUCGAGAAUGUGCCGAUCGCUCUCAUCCUAGCAGCAUUCGCUGAGCUCAAUGGCGGAAACCGAAAAGUUCUAACUAUAACUCUCAGCGCUCUCUUAGCUUUCCGAAUUGUGCACGUGGAAAUAGGUCUCAUCAAUGGGUUGGGCAUCGGUAGGCCAAUUGGGUACUGGGGCACUUUUGCUACCAUUGCAACUUUGGGUGGCUAUGCCGCAUUUCUUGUGAAGGGGUAUUGGGGACUUUGAGUCGGUGAAAAGUGUGCGUAUUGAUUCAUUGAUUCAAAUAGGCGGAGACCGGAAACUGCAGUCCGGAGGCUUCUUGUUACCCGUGAGAGAUAAGGGUCGUAUAUUACUGUACACACCAGUAGUUUUCCUGUGUGGUAUUAGUGCGAGGUUUAGACAUCCAUAAAUCGAUUGACUUAAUCCUCGCACCUGUCGCCAUGAUUCUACAAGCAAUGUGAAGGUACUUCGGGGUAUUUCUUGACAGGGGUUGAUAUCAUAAUAGGUAUGGUCCAAGCGCAA